CCCCAUCCCGCCGCCCAUUCCAUGGCGACCAAAUCCCCCAGCCCUACCACGGACCCAGCACCCGCACCAGGCCCUACCCAGCACCCUCUCCGCCGCCGCCACUCUCCGGCCUCCGCGCGGGGCUCUACGCCGACCGCGCCGAGCAGCAGCAGCAGCAGCGCGAUGAAGCCAGCCAAGGCAGUGAGAUCCAAAGUCGAACGACAACCUAGACGUCAGCCCAUUGGCGCCCUGCCGCAAGACGAUCGUAACGUUUGUUCCUUGAGAACCCCAUCUCCACCCGUUGAAGAAGAACCAAAGGGAGAUGUGUUAGUCAAACCCUCCCCUGAAAAGGUAAAUGCUGAAAAAUCACAUGCUGUUAAUCCUACUCCUGAUGCUGCAUUGAUGCAUGACAUCAUGUGGGAGGGAACAAUUCAGCUUGGUGUGUCUUCACUCACAAAUGUUGUUGCUAUCUUCAAAAGCGGUGAAAAGCCAUCUACAAAUGAGUGGCCAGGCUCUCUCGAGAUCAAGAAAAGAGUGAGCCUCGGUGUUUUUGAAAAAUUGCUUGGACUGCUUCGUGAAUCCAGGAAACGUACUAUAAUGGUAACUGAGUUGCGUUGGAAGGAGGGCUCUAUUGAGAGUGGUCGGCAUCAUCUCUUAAAGACCAUAGAGUCGUAUACUGCCAAUGAGAGAGUAGGGUUAGUGAAGCCAACCGAAGAGGUGGAGUUGUUCCUCUGUCCUUAUCAAGGGAAGGCAGCUCAGAUACUUGCUGACAACCUGCUAAAGGAGCACUCGGGCAGUUUAACCACUUUGCUUGCAACAUCAAUUAUUGGAGUUGUGCUGUGGCCAAGACCCCAUAUGUCAUCUACGGUAGUUUAAAUUUGUGCAAUCUGCAAGCGUCCGCCCGUUUUGACGCAUGGUUGCCUUGU